AUGGCCUCCGUUUUCCUGGUGUGCGCCCUCGCGGUCUUCUUCUUCCCCCAGUUCGUCCUGUCCAGGCCCGAUGCCACCGAGGAGGGCUCCCUGAAGAGCGUCGAGGCUAAGGUGUCCGUGGCUGUGGACGACCUCAGGAAGGCCGUCGGCGACAUGUUCAAGAACCUGACCGACGUCAUCCAGUCCGAGAUCGCCAAGAACCCCGAGGCCUCCGCCCUCUUCAAGAACGUCACCGAGAGCCUCUCCUCCGCCGCCCAGCAGGUCAAGGACGCCGUCAGCUCCGUCACCCCCAAGCCUUGAGGAGCCCUGGCUGCCGGCCGACCGGUCGACUGAAGUCACGAUGCCUCACUCAUUUCGCCCCCAUUUUUUGUCACCAACUAUCGUCAAAAAUUAAAACCGAAUCCAAAUUUAGUGAGGCCUGCUGA